GGUGGAGGCGCCUGAAAGGGGAGGGCGGAAGAGAGUCGGGAGGCUCGGCGGAGUGGUGACGUGACGUUCCGUGCUGGCUGGUUGCUCGGGCACGGGGCUGAGUGUGGGUGCCAGGCCAGAACCGUCGCCUUCCUCAGCCGCCCAGCCCGGCCGCUGCCCGGCUCUUCCCCCCGCGGGGCCCGGCCGGGACAGGCCGCCCUCGCCUCCUCCGGGCCAGAGAGCCCCUCUUCUCGAUUGCAUUUGAACUGACUUUAAAGCUGCCAAAAUGGUUUUAGCAGAUCUUGGGAGAAAAAUAACCUCAGCAUUGCGCUCACUGAGCAAUGCUACAAUCAUCAAUGAAGAGGUUUUAAAUGCUAUGCUAAAAGAAGUAUGUACAGCACUAUUGGAAGCUGAUGUCAACAUAAAGCUCGUGAAGCAACUAAGAGAAAAUGUCAAAUCUGCUAUUGAUCUUGAAGAAAUGGCUUCUGGCCUCAACAAAAGGAAAAUGAUUCAACAUGCUGUCUUCAAAGAACUUGUCAAGCUUGUUGAUCCUGGAGUCAAAGCCUGGACACCAACAAAAGGAAAACAGAACAUCAUAAUGUUUGUUGGGUUGCAGGGAAGUGGCAAGACAACUUCAUGUUCAAAGUUGGCAUACUAUUACCAGAGGAAAGGCUGGAAGACAUGCUUGAUAUGCGCAGACACGUACAGAGCAGGUGCUUUUGACCAAUUAAAACAGAAUGCAACAAAAGCAAGAAUUCCAUUUUAUGGCAGUUAUACAGAGAUGGAUCCUGUGAUUAUUGCAUCAGAAGGUGUUGAAAAAUUUAAAAAUGAAAACUUUGAAAUAAUAAUCGUUGAUACAAGUGGUCGUCACAAACAGGAAGACUCUCUUUUUGAAGAAAUGUUGCAAGUUGCUAAUGCCAUACAACCAGAUAAUAUUGUUUAUGUGAUGGAUGCCUCUAUUGGUCAAGCCUGUGAAGCUCAAGCAAAGGCAUUCAAAGACAAAGUUGACGUCGCCUCUGUGAUCGUGACAAAACUUGAUGGUCAUGCAAAAGGAGGUGGGGCACUCAGUGCAGUUGCUGCCACGAAAAGUCCAAUCAUUUUCAUUGGUACUGGUGAACACAUAGAUGACUUUGAACCCUUUAAAACACAGCCUUUUAUCAGCAAACUUCUUGGUAUGGGAGAUAUUGAAGGAUUGAUAGAUAAAGUAAAUGAAUUGAAGUUAGAUGACAAUGAGGCUCUCAUAGAGAAACUAAAACACGGUCAAUUUACUUUGAGAGACAUGUAUGAACAGUUCCAAAACAUCAUGAAAAUGGGCCCCUUCAGUCAAAUCUUGGGCAUGAUUCCUGGUUUUGGAACAGAUUUUAUGAGUAAAGGCAAUGAACAGGAAUCAAUGGCAAGGUUAAGGAAACUGAUGACAAUAAUGGACAGUAUGAAUGAUCAAGAACUAGACAGUACAGAUGGGGCCAAAGUUUUCAGCAAACAACCUGGAAGAAUCCAAAGAGUAGCAAGAGGUUCUGGCGUCUCAACUAGGGAUGUUCAAGAACUACUAACACAGUACACAAAAUUUGCACAAAUGGUGAAAAAGAUGGGAGGCAUCAAAGGACUUUUCAAAGGUGGUGAUAUGUCAAAGAACGUAAAUCCAUCCCAGAUGGCAAAACUAAACCAACAGAUGGCAAAGAUGAUGGAUCCCAGAGUUCUUCACCACAUGGUUUGUGACUUCCUUGGUGAAAAGAUUGCCUCUGUUUUGGGAAUAAGUACACCAAAAUACCAGUAUGCCAUAGAUGAAUACUACAGGAUGAAGAAGGAGGAAGAGGAGGAGGAGGAAGAGAACAAGAUGUCAGAAGAAGCAGAAAGACGUUUUCAGGAACAGCAGAAUCAAGAAGAGACUUCUGUUCAGACAGUCCAGCCAGAAGCUACCACUUGCAAUACUUUUGUGAACCUCAAUUUUGAAACUGAAGCAGAUUGUUUGCCUGUCAUUGAAAAUAAACAAGAAAUUACUCCUGUGUCUGCUUAAAAAUGAGAAUGUUGCAUAACAAUAUUCCUUAUUUCUUAAGUUGUCAAAAUGUAUAGUUUCCUUUAUGCAUGCCAAGUGGAAUAUAAUUUAUUUUCAAGUCUGGGGAAGAGAGAAUUUUCAGUGUCUUUUCAGUUGACAUCUGUCUAAUAAAGGCUAAUUUUUGACAUUUUACUAUGAGAUUAUGAAAUGCAAAUAACUGGGUCUUAAAUUGACCUAACUAUGCAGAACAAGUGAAAUGUCUUUCCUGAACAUCUUGUGCCUUAUUGACAGUUGCAAACUGAUAAUUGUGCUUUAUAAUUUAAAGUCUGUUAGGUGUUUAUAAAGUUACUUAUUAUACUAAGGUGGAAGCUUAUUAGACUAAUUGAAACUAACUCACAAGGUAUCUUUGUGACUUAGUUUAAUUUAUUGUCACAUUUGCAUGUGCAUACUCAUAAAAUAAGAUGGCUUUGUUAAUGCCUCUUAAAUAAAUAAACAAUUGUAUAUAAAUGUGUCUUAAAACUGUCUUGCUAAGGACAGUUUUGUUAGUAGGCCUCUAAAGCACACUCACUAUUUAGGUAAAAGAGGUCUAGAGCAUCUAGGUAGUUGGAUGUAGUCUCUUGCUGUAAUAAGUGUUCAGGGAAGGAAUUCCAGUAUUUAGGAAGUUUGAUAUUUAAUUUGUGUCAGGAAUGAAGAACUUGUGUCCUUAGACUCAUAGGGUGAGGCUUCACAUGCUAUCAGGUCUCAAGAGGAAAUCACUUGAUUUUGAAAAAUAGCUCUCCCAAUAUACCUAAAACACUUCAAAUGGGGCAAAAUAAAGUGAAAUUGCUAAACUAAUAUUCCUCCCUAGAGGAAUACAGAGUGUGGUUGUAUUGGCAUAAAAGAGAGAGAGAUGCUAGAGAGCAACACAAUAAGGCUUGAGGGUUACAUACUGGGCUGCACUUUUUCUACCCCUUCGGUACACAGUGGCUGGUGAGAUAACAACUCUCCAUCUUCUUAGGCAGCAAGACCAUUGGAUAGAGAUGAGAGGAUUUUGAGGUAUAAAAAGUGACCCCCCCUCCCGGCACGCACACACCUAAUCAGUGUGAAUGUAGUUAGAAGAGAGGGUAGUAAGCUGAUAAAACUCACAGGAGCAAAAUACCGAAUGAAUUAAUUCUUCAUCUGAUGACGAUGAGGAAUGCUUAAAUAGCUUUUCCCCAGUUUCCUGAAAAACAGUCUCAGCUGCAAUGGUGCAAUUUGAUAUUUGUAUUCAAAGCACUUUUCAAAAUGAGUUUGAGAACUGUCUGCCGUGCCAAUCCUAAGGGUGGGAAGAAUGUCUAGCUAGACAUCCCUUCCCCCUGACCAAGGACUGCUAAGAAUCUGCUGUUGUUUGUAUAAUUCACUUUUCUGUAGGCAAUCCAUACUAAUUCUCACAAGACAUUUACAGUAUAUUUGUAGAUAUAGGAAAGGAUUCAAGAACUGUGUGCUCAUAACACAAGGGAUGUAUUCAGCAAAACCGCCUCCUUCUGCAAGCACUUCCUGGCUAUAGUUCAAUACUGAAAUAUUUCAAGAUUCCUUCCUCCAUUAUCUAAAAAAACAGAGAGAGCAUAUGUACACUCUUUGCCCACCUUGUUCCUAUCAGACACAUGGUUUAAAAGUCUCAUUGAUGACUUGGUUCUCCCCUUUCCCAUUUUUAAAAGAUUUAGUCAAGCUUGACCAAAAGACCAACAGAACCUGUUUUUAAAAAAGUCUUACCAAGUGUGUUCCCAUUUUGGAUUAGAGAAUUGUGUUAAUUUCCAUUAGCAAAUGCCCAUGUUAAAAUCUAUGCGAAGGAUGAAAAACCCAUUAAGGCCUCACAAUUAAGUAAAUGUUAUGAUUGAACACGUCUUUAACUCUUGCUAGCCAAAAAUGUUGUAUGAACUAGGGAAGGGCUUAUUGCCAUGAGGUUCUUUUUGUCGCUGUGCCUUAUCUUUGAUAUUUCUUUCAAUAUAUGCAAGUGGUACAGAAGUGAUUACUUUUUUCUUGAAAUUAUAUUAAAAUUAUAUUUAAUUUUAAA